GGAGGGGUCUCCGGUUCUCUGAGGACCAGGGGGCCGUGGCACCUGGGUGAGGGAGGGUCGGGCUGAGCCUGAGCCCGGUACUGGGGGCUGCAGUCUCGCCGCUGCCUUUUUCCGGGGCGGCGUAGCCCCGAGGGGAAAGCGGGACUCUGCUGAGCUCCGGUAGCAGAGAGGCAGAGCCGCUUCCCGACGCGGGCGUGGGGCUCGGCCGCUGCCAGCAGAGGGGCCCGGGGCUCGACGCCGCUUCCCGGGCUGCGCGCCGGGGUGCGGGAGACCGGUAACCGGCGCGGAUGAGCUCCUCCGGGCGGCCGGGAGCUGCUGGCUGGGACGGAUCCAUGAAAAACAGGUGAGCCCUCUGCUGAGGGAACGAACACUCUGUGCUCCCAGGUCAGGGAAACAUGUCCCGUCGGAAACAGACCACUCCUAACAAAGUUCACUGAGCCAUCAGGAGCAGCAAGUAGGACCACAAGAAAAUAAAGGGACCGAAAGAUACAAGAAACAUGUCAAUGGUGAUGUCUCCACCUUGGGAUGGAAAAUCUUGUCUGUCUUAUGAUGAACGCCACCAAAUCGUUGGGACUUCUCUGUCUACCUAGCCUGCUGUGUAUCUGGAGGGCCCAGAAAUGCCAUGCAGUGCACUGACGAGGAUAAUCGGAGAGAGCAUCAGCUCCAAGAACUGGGUGAGCCAGCAGAAUGAGGAGUCAGGCUGAGACAUAGCAGACACGUUACUGAGAAUUCUUCACAGGGACUGAAGUGGUUGGGAGGAGAGGAAAAAAAGGGACAGCAGUAACCACUACAGCAGUGUGGACAACCCAGAAUAGCCAUGGGGCAGGUGGACUAGAUCCACAGUGGUGGAAACACUUGCAAAUUUCAGGUCCAGGAAAGGAACACAGAGAAGACCUACAUGAACAGGGACUUUAAAUUGAUGUACAAGGAGGGAAUAAAGUGGCUCAUCUCUGGGAGACCUUUCUGUUUAGGAAGGAAGACAGGGGAACGAUGCAGUUUCGGUUUAUUAUUUUUUAAUUUUUUUUGUGGAUUUUGGGAUGGGGGUUGUUUGUUUGUGUGUUUAUUUUCCAGAACACCUGAGCAUUGUCCUGCAUUCAUACAGUUCAAGAAGGGAAGGGCUCAGGAAAAAAAAUAAUUUCUGGCUACCAAGUUGAUAUACGACCAGAUCCUAGCAGUCAUAGCUGGCCCUGUUGCACAGUACCACAGGGCUGCCCCCUACCUCCACAGCUGCUCACCUGGCAUCCCACUCAUUUACAAGAUUAUGGAGAGGAGAACUGGAAUGCAAAGCAGAGGCAUUUGUAUGAUCUUUCACUGUCCUACAUCUCUAGCUGUUUGUAAAACAAAUACAGUGACUUGUUCUGGUGUUGUGGUCAGCCUGCAGCCCUUUUUGUGUUUAAUAAAGAAACGUCUGGAGAAGAGUCUGUGAAUUCACUAUUGAGCAUAACAUCCUUUGCUGAUAGCAGUAAUCCUAAAGCUGUUGCCUGUCUUACUCCCUUUCCAAAUGAAUGGAAGUGUAUUCAAAGUGGGUUGGGGGUGUCUCUGUAUGUGAGCAUGUGUGUGCAGAAACAAUAGACGUAUAACUCUGUACCUAUCAAACACUAAAGCUUCAUCAAAGUAGGACUUAGUCCAUCAGUAGACAAACAGAACACUCUUCCCUAAGUUCUUUUGGAGGCAAUUUUAGCUUAAUACAUAAGAAAUUCUGUAUAAGCUAAAUAUAGCACUUUUAAAAGUUUGUCUUUCCCAAUCCUGUGAUGCCUUUUUAGAUACAGGCUAGUUGAGAAUGCGUAAGAUGUCAUCUGCUAACAGCACUGGUUUGGUUAACAGUUUGCGUUUCUGGCUGUAAGCUGAUCGUUCUCUGCACUGCACUGAAUCAAUGCUAACUUGGUUCUGGCUACGUUGUACAGAAAGGCCACCAGCAGACAUGAUCGCUUUCCUAGUUGUUGUGAUUGAUGCUAGUGUUACAGAUAGGAGUUCCUUCCUCUGUCACUUCAUAUAAAGAUCACAGCUUCUGAAGUCCUGCAGACUGUCUGUAUAUCUGAGCAGGAACCUACCUGCCACUAGACUCCAGGCUGCUGCUCAGUGGAAAUGUAAGCUAUCUGGAAGGGGAAAGGAGAAGAAAACAAACAUGUAACUGCUUCUACUAGCAGUUGCAGUGGUGCUUGGGAACCCUGCUUUGUAACUCUGUCACAGGUAGCACAUCUCCCACCAUAGUUUUACAUCUGUCCUGUGUUCUGCAGGUUUCCUCAUUUCACCAUACUUUCUCUUUGUCUUGCAAUGCUUUUUUGGUCUCUGGGCUUUUAUCCUGGUGGUUUGUGGAUAUCCGCUUCUUGGAGCAGCACCGUAAUUCUGUUGCGUCUGCUGUUCAUGCAGUCUAUCUCAGUCCCACCAGUGCGAGGUUGUGGUCCAGACAUAAAAGCAGCACUCCGGGUUAUAAAAACCAUUCAGUGCUGAAGUGGCUUCUGAUGGGGGUACAUGUGUCACAGCAAUCACAGCAAUCAUGAUGGUACCUGCUGUUCUCAGUGACAGACUUAGGUGCCCCUCAGCACCUCUCUUCACCCCGCAUGGAUUGUGUUCUCAAGUCUUCUCUGCAGAAACCUUUCUCACGUUUCUGAAACAGAGUGAUAAAUGCCUUCAAAUGCUUUUGGAAACCUCCAUGGGGAUGUUGGGAACUAAAACUCUUCUCCCACAGUCUCCGUGAAACUUCUGAAGGUCUUUGAAAUCUUCCAUAAAUUACUGCUUUUUUAAACACUGCUGGAAAUUGCGAGGUAAGCACCAGAAAGGCAGUGUGAGUAUGAAUAUGGGGCAAAGCUGGCUGAAACAGUUUAGCAUGUUGGAAUGCACCUGUACUGGUGCUCUCCCAAUGGCUCAAGAAUUCAAUUCCCUGGUUAUACUGAUGCUAGUUGUGGCCCUAUACUAAAAGGUACAAUUUUCUUCUGAAAGCUAUAAUUUGACUUUUGUUUUAUGUGAAAAAUGCUCUGCGUCUUCCUUAGCAUUUUUGUAUUUAUGCUUUGAGUGGUUCUUGAGAACUUACAAAUCAGUUGAUAAAUUUAACCCAAAGGCUAGCCUGCUGGGAACUUUAGCACCUUGUCCCAAGCGCUCCCAGCACUGUGAGAGGUAAAUUAGAACUACACGUGGAACAAAGUAAUUUGUUUAAUUUAAUACAAAAAUUAAUGCUUGCCUUUAUUGUUAUUCUUGGGAACCAAGAGUUCUCCUUAGCAGGGAUUGCUGUAAGAAGUUUUCUUUCAGAGCAGCACAAAUAGUUGGCCCUCUUUCAAUGUAUUUGCCAUCUCCUAUUGAGUCGAGGUACUAGUGAUCACUGUCUUUCAACAAAACAGACUGUAGCUAUCCUAAACAAGCAACUCAGCUUUCUGGGUGCAUUCCCUUAGUUUUCUGUUUAAAGCCUUUGAAGUGCCGCAGAUUUACUUUAGCCAGAGCCACUCCUAAGCAAGGCAAGGUAGUGAAGCAAGUUAUCUGUCAUGGGAGCAGGAGAACACCAGCUCCAAGCACAGACACCUGCUUGAAGGGCAGCUUGUCCUCAGUUCUCCUGGGACAGAAGGUGGUGACAGAGCAUGUCAAGGACAACCCCUGGUUUUAGUAUCACUGUGGAGAGCAGGUGAGAUGCCAGGCACUCGGGGGUACUUCUUUUGUGCAAGUUGCCUGUUGUAGCAGGGAAUAGGACUUAAUGAUUUAUAAGAGACAUAUAGCACUGGGCCUGAUCUGGGAUACUGUCAUAAUCCCUGAGUGGCUUCCCCCCAGCCUAGCGCCUCUAUUGGCGGAUAGCUUGGGAGCAGAGAAAGCCACCUGGCUACAUAUGGCAGAUACAUGGGAUCUUACAGGGGUUUUUGUGUGUCUGGAGUGGCGUAUAAAGAGCAUGCAGGGAGCAGCCUGAUGCUGAACAUUUCCACUAGCAAGACUGUUCUAGACAGAGAGACUGGACGCACAUCAGCAGGUACAAGAGGCUGGUGUUGCAGGGUAGACAAGCAGAGAGAUUACUUAAAUGCUUUCUGAGAGGUGACUUCAGAGGUUCUGCACAGUGCAGGUGAGCAGCCCCACACCCAUUGUGUUUUUGGCAAGCCUUGGUGGUGAAAGCAAUGGAACGGCACCAGUCUGACUCUUUGUCCUUGUGGCUGCCAGGGGAGCAAGUCUUUGCAGGGCUGGAGGAGCAAGCCCGCCAAGCCAUGAUGAAAAACAACUUUCCUGGAGCUCUCGGGGACCAAAGGCCAGCCAUUCAUCCGCUGCAAGACCCCGACUCCAGCAGCAGUGGCAGUGAUGACGAGGAAACCACCCAGGAUGAAGCUUCUUCCCAUACAUCUGAGGAGGAUGGCUCAAUGGUGAAAGUGAAGAAGGAAUUAGAGAAUGCAGAACAACCUGUGGCUGGAACCCCACCAGUGAGAGAAAAUGAGGUGCCUGAGAGUUUGAAUGCUGACCCUAUGCUGGGACUGUCACAGUGUCCCCUCUGCCAGCUGGAGUGUGGAAGCAGAGAGCAACUCAUUGCUCACGUAUACCAGCACACUGCAGCUGUGGUGAGUGCCAAGAGCUACAUGUGUCCGGUAUGCGGCAGAGCCCUCAGCUCACCAGGAUCACUUGGGCGACAUCUCCUGAUCCACUCAGAGGACCAGCUGUCAAACUGUGCAGUGUGUGGAGCACGCUUCACCAGCCACGUCACAUUCAACAGUGAGAAGCUGCCAGAGGUGCUCAGUGCAGAUCGCCUGCCGGCACCCCAGAGCGAGGGCCCCUCCAGUGGUGAGGGGAAAGACAUUGCCUUUCACGCCCCUGUGUAUCCUGCAGGCAUCCUCCUAGUGUGCAACAACUGUGCUGCUUAUCGUAAGCUGCUGGAGGCACAGACACCUGGCAUGCGAAAGUGGGCACUUCGUCGGCAGAAUGAGCCCUUGGAAGUGCGGCUGCAGCGUCUGGAGCGGGAGCGCACGGCCAAGAAGAGCCGGCGGGACAAUGAGACACCUGAAGAACGGGAAGUGAGGCGUAUGCGGGAUCGAGAAGCUAAGCGCCUGCAGCGCAUGCAAGAGACAGAUGAGCAGCGGGCACGGCGGCUGCAGAGAGACCGGGAAGCCAUGCGACUGAAACGUGCCAACGAGACCCCAGAGAAACGACAGGCCCGGCUCAUCCGGGAGCGCGAGGCCAAGAGGCUCAAGCGGCGCCUGGAGAAAAUGGACAUGAUGCUCCGGGCACAGUUUGGCCAGGACCCUUCUGCCAUGGCCGCUUUGGCAGCUGAAAUGAACUUUUUCCAGCUGCCAGUGAGCAACGUGGAGCUGGAGAGCCAGCUGUUGGGCAAAAUGACCUUUGAGGAGCAGAGCAACAGCGCACUGCAUUAAGCUCCAGCCAAGGACUGCGCUGCCUCUGCUGCACCUGCCACAGGUGCACUAGCAGGCUUCUACACUCAGGAGGCUGCUGCGGGCCCCUGGCUGACUCUCCCUGACAGGUGGUUCUGGUUUUCUUCUGAACAUUGGAGGAGAACAGAGCUGAGAGAUGUCCGCCAAAGUAACGCUGGUGGGAGCAGAUUCUGAGGAUGUAGUCUGCUCUGGGGGCCAAGUCACAGCCUGGGAACAGAGGGAAAAUAAAUUAAUGUUCAUGUUUAUUUA